CUAUUCUGUAUACGAACGCCGCCGCCGCCGCCGCUUUGUUUGUUGCAGCGGUGCGUUUGAAGUUUUUUUUAGCGUGCAACAAAUUGUUUACCUUAGCCAGUAGUGUACGCAGAGGAGGCGCAGUUCAUUAGCUCGAGUCGCCAUUAGUCUUCGCCCCAGUCAGAAUGUCGGGAACUAUACUCGAGAACUUGAGCGGACGGAAACUGUCCAUAUUGGUUGGCAGCCUGCUGCUGUGUCAAGUGCUGUGCUUCCUUCUGGGUGGGCUGUACGCGCCCGUGCCCGCCGGCCAUACUAAUGUGCUUGGCUCGCUGUGCAGGGAAAACCAUGCGCGCCAGAACGACACCAGCUUCUUUUUGUACUCGCGUGGCGAAGGAUCCUGCACCCAGGUUACCCGCGAGGAAGUGGAACAGGACUCGAUGAAGCUGGCCAACCAGAUUGUGCAUGUCUUCCAGAUGCCCCUUCCGCGCGACAGUCGUGUGCUGGACUACUCGCGCUGGCAACAGAACCUCAUUGGCGUGCUGCAAGUGGAAUUCGGAUAUGACUCCUCCUCGGAGCUGCGCGAACCCCCCAAGGAGCUACAGUUGACGAUCGACAUGCGCCUGGCCUACCGGAACAAGGGGGAUCCCGACCACGCGUGGAAGCUGUACGCGCAUGGCGUUGAACAUCGUUAUCUUGAUUGCGUUGCCGCCCAUAUCGGAAGCUCGGAGACGCUCUACACCUGCGACAUGAUACCUCUUUUUGAGCUUGGGGCCCUGCAUCACAGUUUCUAUCUACUGAAUCUACGCUUCCCGCUGGACACGCCCAAGCAAAUGAACCUCCAGUUUGGGCACAUGCACGACCUCACGCUGACUGCAAUCCACCAGAACGGUGGCUUCACCCACGUCUGGCUCAUGCUGAAAACCCUGCUCUUUCCCUUUGUGGUGGGCAUCAUGGUCUGGUUCUGGCGCAGGGUUCAUCUGCUGCAGAGGUCACCGGCCCUGUUGGAGUACAUGCUCCUCUACCUCGGCGGAGCCCUGACGUUCCUCAAUUUGCCCUUGGAGUACCUGUCGCUCACCAUUGAGAUGCCCUACAUGCUUCUCUUGAGCGACAUUCGCCAGGGCAUCUUCUAUGCCAUGUUGCUCUCGUUCUGGCUGGUAUUUGCUGGGGAACACAUGCUGAUACAAGAUUCCCCCAACAAAUCGACCAUUCGGUCGCGCUACUGGAAGCAUCUCUCCGCCGUCGUAGUCGGAUGCAUCUCUCUGUUUGUCUUCGACAUUUCCGAACGAGGAGUGCAGCUGCGCAAUCCAUUUUACUCCAUCUGGACGACCCCGCUGGGGGCCAAAGUGGCCAUGAGCUUUAUACUUCUGGCGGGAGUUUCGGCGGCCGUAUACUUCCUGUUUCUGUGCUACAUGAUCUCGAAGGUCUUCAAGAACAUUGGUGACAAGCGCACUUCGCUGCCUUCAAUGUCACAGGCGCGUCGCCUGCACUAUGAGGGACUUAUCUACCGCUUCAAAUUCCUCAUGCUGGCCACACUUCUCUGCGCCGCUCUAACCGUGACCGGCUUUAUCAUGGGCCAGAUGGCCGAGGGCCAGUGGAAAUGGAAUGAUGACGUUGAGAUUCAGCUGACUUCGGCCUUCUUGACCGGCGUAUACGGCAUGUGGAACAUCUACAUUUUUGCCCUGCUCAUCCUGUACGCUCCCAGCCACAAACAGUGGCCCACAAUGCACCACAGUGACGAGACCACGCAGUCGAAUGAAAAUAUCGUGGCCUCAGCGGCCAGCGAGGAAAUCGAGUUCAGCAACCUGCCCUCCGACUGCAACCCCAGUGAGAUAUCCUCGCUCACCUCCUUCACCCGCAAGGUGGCCUUUGAAUAGGGGGUCGCAGCCGCGGAGGAGAAUUUUCAUUCAGUUGUGGGCCAAACUAAGAUUAAAACUUGGCUUUGGCCCGCAGCUGUAGCGCUCAAAGUGUGUGUAACGCUCAGUUUAUUAGAAGUAGAGUGUAGCAUUUCUUGCCUAGUUUCGCACUUAACAAUCUGAUCAGCAUUAUUAAUUAUCUUUAUUAUUAUCAUUACCAGAUAGAUUUCGGUAGAUUUUCUCAGCAUGCUCUAAGUGUUUUCCCUUCGAUACAUGUAUUCUCUUUAUGUUUGCCUCGGCAGUCAGUAUUAUCUUUUGAGUCCAAUUUAAUAGCCUGUAAGAUUUUAUAUACAUAUGUAUUUAUCAAGUAAUAUUUAGGGGCAUACGCCCCAAUUUAAUAUUUAUAUAUUUACCAAACCUAUGCGUAGAAUUCUUCCCCAUUUUUGUAACUGAAAACGUAGAGCAAUUUCUUACUCAAGUAGCGAUGCAACGAAUAAAAAGCAAUAUUUAAAAUGGCAA